AUGCAGUGUACCCCAGUUUUUUCGAGGGGGAGGGCCAAGCCAAGACUAAUGCGAGAGAGUGGCACUGUACAUACAAAUACGACCGGUGCGCACAUUUCACCUGUACUCGUUGUCGCACUUGUUCAGUCAAUAAUUUCAAUCGGCCUGCCCCAACACAUGAGCUCCACAGCCACCGCGACCACCACAUCCAGUGCUCCUCCUCCUCCUCCCCCGACCCCGUACCUCGUGGCCCAUGGGCCCUUCCAAUGGCGCAUCAACAACCUCAGGUCGUAUGCCACCGAGGGUCCCCUGUUGUACGGCGUGGUGAGCAACAGCAGCUCGAAUUACCUGGUUCGAAAAACAGCCGAGCGGCUGGGAUCCGAGGCGGCCAACCGAGCCUUCGACUUCGUCACCAUUCCUGCGCCUCUAUCCGGUAUCAGCAUUGUGCAGCAGCUAGGCCAAACGCUGUUCACGGCCUCCGAGGGUGGCCACAGCGGCGUCUACCACCUGGACUGGAACUACAAACGCAUCCGCAAGCUACUGGUGCCCGAGUCGUUCGGCGAGUUUGAGUCGCUCGCGUUCUAUGGCUCGUCUUUGCAUCUUUUCAAGCCCGGCCAGUGGUUGACGCUGGUGUAUGAUCUCAACAAAUUCAAACAGACCACCACAGAGAAAAAGCCGCGGGCGCUGAGAAAUGGCAUCAAACCCGGUAACACAGAUGGAGAUGGAAACAGCGACGCGCAAAAUGACUCACAAGCAAUCUGUGACGACUCCGAUUCCGAGUCGGACUCCGAAAACCCCCUCACAAUCUCACCCAUUCGAUCCCCCCCCAAAUACGGCAGACGGAGAGCCCGGUCGUCGUUCGGAUCCUUCUCAGAGAGCCUGUCUCAGUCCACUCUGUCGGACGACAUUAGUGUUUGCGAACAUGUGACCGAACGCAGUGGCCCUCUGACGUGCCACCCUGACAGCCUCGCGCAGACGUGUCUAUCGCUGUUUGCCGAUCCUCCCAGUUGCAUUAUCGGCGGAGAAAACGGCUUGUUUGUGGAUCUGUUGAAUGGCACCGUCAAGCCUCUUGCUCCCUUGGGUUCUGGGUCGGUCUUGUGA